CAUGCUGCCCCUCCUGAGCCGGUUAGCGUGCUUGUGGAUCUGCACCGAGGCCGCCGCCGCCGCCGCCGCAGAUGUGGACGGGCCGGGCCUGAGGUGGCACACAUUCUUCGCGGGGAAUAGCGGAGCGUCCUCUCGGGUAUUGUCGCUGGAGCCUCCGCGCCUUGUGCGUAAAAGUGGACGUCGAGCUUUACGCGCGGAUGUCGAGCUGCGGCGGAGUGGAAGCAUUCCGGCAGACGAGCAAGCCUGCGUCUCCGCACCGAUCACCAGGCGACGCAAGCGUCGGCAAAUACCGAAAGCCAAGCGAGGGGAGCGGCUUCAUCGCCGAAACGCGGCCGCCUGGGAGGGCCUGUCUUCGGUCGUGGCGCAGGAGCACGACGCCGGCUCUCCCGCGGUGGGGUCUAACGCCAGCGACUACGAUGAAGAGAGCUAUACGCUGCCCAACUUCACCGACGGUCCUCCCUUCCUCCCGGGGACCCACCGCACCAGACUCAGGCCGGUGAAGAACCCUUUUUACCCUCUGCGCGCCGAGGCGUACGCAGCCUUCGCGCUGCUGGUGACUGCCUUGCUGAUCUUCAGCGCUGGCGUCUUGGGCAACGUGUCAAUAAUGUGCAUGGUGUGUCACAACUACUACAUGAGGAGCAUCUCCAACUCGCUGCUGGCCAACAUGGCGCUCUGGGACUUCAUCGUCAUCUUCUUCUGCCUCCCCCUGGUCGUCUUCCACGGCCUCACCAAAGACUGGCUGCUGGGGGAUUUCUCCUGCAAGAUCAUUCCCUACCUGGAGGUGGCGUCUCUGGGGGUCACCACUUUCACGCUGUGUGCGCUGUGCAUCGACCGCUUCCGCGCCGCCACCAACGUGCGCACGUACUACGAGAUGACGGACAACUGGGCGUCCACCGCCGCCAAGCUGGCCGUCAUCUGGGUGGGCGCCCUGCUGCUGGCACUGCCUGAGCUGCUGAUCCGCCAGCUGGAGACGGAGGAAGACGAUGCCGUCGAGCUGCUGCUGCCGCUUGAGCGCUGCGUGGUACGCGUCUCUACACGCCUCCCGGACACGCUGUACGUGCUGGGCCUGACUUACGCUGGUGCGCGCCUCUGGUGGUUCUUCGGCUGCUACUUCUGCCUGCCUACCCUCUUCACCAUCUGCAGCUCGCUGGCCACGGCCCACAAGAUCCGCGGCGCCGAGCGGGAGUGUGCGCGCGGCACCAAGAAGCAGAUCCGCCUGGAGAGCCAGAUGAACUGCACCGUCGUGGCGCUGGCUAUCCUCUACGGCUUCUGCACCAUCCCAGAGAACAUCUGCAACAUCGUGGGCGCCUACAUGGCGGCCAGCGUGCCCCGCGGGACCCUGGACGUCCUGCACCUGCUGAGCCAGCUUCUCCUCUUCUGCAAGUCGGCGGCGGCGCCGGUUCUCCUCUUCUGCCUGUGCGAGCCCUUCAGCCGCGCCUUCAUAGACUGCUGCUGCUGCUGCUGCAAAGAGUGCGGCCCUGCCCCCUCCGUGGACGGCGGCCCAGCCACCGCCGACGAGCUGGAGCUGUCGCACUGUGACGCCGCUGACAGGGAGACGUCUGCCACCUACACCACGGUGGGCACACACUGCUGAGGAGCAGGAGGUUGGACUUUUUUGAUGGCGCUGACAUUUCAGGAUCAUUCCUUUUUUUUUUACUUUUUUUUUAGUUUAGCACGUCACACUACGCUGGAUUCUUAUGUGCUCAGUUCCUUUAAAGUCAACUACCAACAUGCUGACAUGCUAGCAUCCAUGUAAUACAAACAUCCUCAAAGUUUUACCACCAUUUGACAAAUGAGCUUAUGAACAAUUAGAUGCGCAGACGUUUGGCUUGAUGGCAACCAUGUUUUUCAGCCGAUCUUGCUCAAAAUGUACACACAUGUGCUUGUCAGUCCCCUAAAGGUGUGUGCCAAAUUUCACGGUGAUUCAACUAAACACUGUAAAGUUACAGUCAGGGGUUUUGUAGAGCUGCAUUGAGCUGUGUUUUGGGGUUUAAUAGCAGUGCUGAUGUUUUCACAAAAGUUCCCCCUUUUGUGUGCAGCGCUUGAGGAUAGCGCUUGCUAGGUAACCAGAUAACCAAUGUCUGCACCUGACAGGACUUUCACCUUUCGGUUUUGUGUUUUGGUUUUUUUUUUUAUAAAUGAGAAAAUGGCUGAGGUGGCGCUAAGGAAUACAUAACAGCAUCACAAAGCGUCACGUCGCUUUUAUUUUGUAGUCAGUGCUGUCAUGUGACUGGUUAGCUGUUAUGUGACACUUAGCAAUAAAAAAAAGAGUGAAAUUUG